AUGGCUACAAUUCCACUUGCCACUUUUGUGGAGACUGUUGGAUACGCGUCUCUGAAGGAUCAUGUGCUGGCAGUAUGCAGUCCCAAUAAAGAAAUUCUCGAGGCAUUUCUUGAUAUGGCUGUCGAAGGAGCAUAUUGUGAGGGUUCAAACUCGGUGUGUAACACGGAUGUGUUGUUGCUUCUUAUCAAUUGGUUGCCUUCGUUGUCAUUUGAUCUGCAACGUUGGCUGGGAGGAUGUAUGAGUGGCACUUGUGUGUAUGGCCCACACAACCAGAUGCUGUGCUGUAGAGCUGGAAUGAUUGCUGCCGUGUUGGAUGUUCUUGCCACUGGCCAGAAGAUAGACAAACAGGCUUCAGAAUAUCUUAUUACUCUUUUGGAAACACUGGCUAAUCAUUCUGUGACAUCGUUUGAUCUUAAGAAGCUCAUUAGUCUCUUUCGACCAACAGGAGAUGGCUGCCUGUUGUAUUACACACCAAAGCUACUUGAGAUGAUGGAGAGACUUUCGCUGUCUGAUGGACGACAUGCUCCAAAAGAAUAUUUUGAUCUUCACCAUCCGAGUGCAGUAAGGCCUAAAGACUUUUUUAUUACCUUUACUGGUACCGUACUCGCUUGGUUAUUACCCGACCCCUAA